UCACCAUGCAGCCACGGUACAACUGAGGGGUGGCGAGACCCUCAGAGGUCGCUCGUUGGCGAAAAAUCCACCCUGGGCGUCGUUGCGCCCAGGGAGGCUGCCCCCCCCCCGCACUGAGCGAAAGGGGGGUGGGAGAGGUUCCCACUGAGCCCGCCUGGGCAACUGUCGCCAGGACCCCCGAGGGCCACUGGCCGUGCUCCAGGGAAACAUACCCCAAGCGGGGAAAAAGAGGGGGGAAGGUAGGGGGACAACCUCCGCCCCCGUGAAAACGAGGAGCCUCACCCACGUGCAGCGCACCUUCCCCCACAUUUGGGGUGCCUGAUACACGUGCAGGCAGCACUCGCACAUCGCACCAACGAUACAGCACUCAUCACUGGUGUAACGAGGGCCAGGACGAAAACAACACUGGAACCUGGGCAAGGCAACGGUCGGAGCAUCGGGGCCCCCGUGCCAGGCCCGAGUAGAGAACACAACACUCGUGCUGCGCACCUUCCCCCACAACUGGGGUGCCUGACACCCGAGCAAACGCCCACAAGCACACGCACAACAAACACACAAGGCGACGCAAGGACGACUCGGCUGAACUACCCCUGGUGUACAGAACGCCAGGACGGCAGCCAGCUUCGUCCCUGGCGUGGACCUGACUCAAACCGCCGAGCCAGUGCCCCCGUGACGGGCCCUCCAAAUACGGCCCAAUGGCCAACUGGGCUGAGCGAUCAAGGACCCGUCUUCUUCCGCUCCAACGCAGGGAGCAAAGGCUUCAAACAGCAGAGUCUGAUAAAACGAAAGAUCUAAGGCAUGGCAGCGGUCGGGGCGAAGCUACACCCCCGUGCCAAACCCAUGGAACGGUUCGUACACUCGUGCGGCACACCGUCCCCCACAAGUGGGAGGAGGAGGAGGACCAGGACGAGGAGGAGGAGGAAGGUCCCAACCUCGAGGUGGAGAUGAGGAGGAGGGGAGUGGAAGGAACAUACACCUCUGCACUCGACACUCUUGCUCUACGUGCCGCCGCCCGCCUCACGACCAGGCAGUGCUGCGCGCCUUCGGGGAGCGGUGGCUCCGCGGCUUCGGGCGCAGGCACGGGCUCGGCUUCGGUCGCGUCCCCCGACGGGACCGCGGGGUCGGGCUCCUCGUUGACUGGCUCGAUCAUCGCGUCGGCGCCUCCUUGGAUUCGGGCGGUUCGGCGCAGCACCACAUGGCCGCGGUCCUCGCUCUCGUCUGUCGGUCGAUCUCGGCGCGCAAGCUACAGAGAUCUGGUCCCAAACUGCU